GAUGGCUACUCUUAGCGCGAGAAAACCUCAAAGGAAUAAUGAAGAGGAAAAGAGAAUGGAGAUCAAGAAUGAUAUCGGAGGGAUUGACAGAAGAGAAAAUACAAGAAUUAGAAAUGAAGGAAAAGCAUAACAGAUUGAAAAAUGAUACACAAAGACCUUCAUUAAAUGUAGACAUUCUUGACAGAGCAGAAACAGACAUUUUGAAGUAUGUGCAGAUGAAGCAUUUUGCCCAAGAAUUUAAAGACUUGAAUUCAAGUGAAAAUGGAGUUGUUAAAAGGUUAUCAAGAUUAGCCAAGUUAGACCCAAUUGUUCACAAUGGAGUUCUACGUGUAGGCGGUAGACUUAAGAAACUGGAUACAACUCUUAACAGUAAACAUCAAAUUAUUAUUCCCAAAGAGUCUGUAUUAGCCAGGUUAAUAGCAGAGGAAGCACAUAAAUCUGUCGGACACUUGGGAAAAAAUUCAACGCUGGCACUUAUUCGUGAGAAAUAUUGGAUUCUUGGUGUGUCAUCAAUUUUGAAGUCCAUCAUUUCCAGAUGUGUUAUAUGCAGAAGAUAUCAGGCACCUACUUUGAAACAGAAAAUGGCAGACCUUCCCAGCGAGAGACUGAAACCUGAUGACCCCCUUUUUACUCGAGUGGGAAUGGAUUAUUUUGGUCCAUUUGAGCUUAAAAGAGGAAGAAGCAUAGUAAAACGGUACGGUGUCAUAUUUACUUGUCUAUCUUCCCGAGCAGUACAUUUAGAGGUUGCCUUUUCCUUGAAUACAGACUCCUGUAUUGACGCCAUUCGAAGGCUUAUUGCACGACGAGGAAAACCAACUUAUAUAGUGUCUGAUAAUGGAACGAAUCUGGUAGGUGCUGAACGUGAGCUAAGAACAGCACUUCAUUCCUGGAAUACGAACAGCAUUUCCAGUCAAUUAUUACAGUCAGGAAUUGAAUGGAGCUUUAAUCCACCGGCUGCGUCUCACUUUGGAGGAGUAUGGGAACGCCUCAUCAGGAUAGUCAGGAAAAUCAUGUAUUCUGUUCUACAUGAACAAACAAUUCAUUUGGAUGAUGAGGGACUGUUAACCUUGUUUUGUGAAAUUGAAGCUAUUAUGAAUGGACGACCCCUUACAGAAGCUUCAGAUGAUCCGAAUGACCUUUGUGCACUUACACCAAAUCAUAUACUACUCAUGAGAUCAGGAGAGAGCUUUCCCCCUGGAAUUUUCCAUACAUCUGACAACUACGCAAAACGUCGAUGGAAGCAGAUUCAGUAUUUGGCUGAUGUUUUCUGGACACGUUGGAUCAGAGAAUAUGUACCCCUUCUCCAACAGAGACAGAAGUGGCUGAAGCAGGAAAGAAACUUACAAGAGGGUGAUUUAGUUCUCAUUGUGGAAAACACUCCAAGAAACGCAUGGAAUCUUGGUAGAGUGCUCGAAGUGAUAAAGGACAACUAUGAUGUUGUGCGUGUUGCAAGGAUAAAGACAGUGUCUUCCAUUAUUACGCGGCCAGUGACAAAACUUUGUCUUCUUUUGGAAACAGAUUGUGAAAAAGAGAAAACAAAUCAGUGAACCUUUGUGCAAUGAAACGUUUAAUGAAUUAACUCAUUUUGAAUACAUUGUUUUGUCCAUUUUUGAUAAAUAUGUUUUUGUAAAAACACAUUUAGGGGCCGGUGUAAUGGACAAUCUGUAUAUUUUAUUUUGAAUUCCAAUUUUGUCCGUAAGUUUCGAUUUCUGUGCAUUCCAAUUUUAUCAGAAUGAUACGUUUAUCAAAUGUUGAGAAAUGCACGAGCGCCAUAUUUAGAUCAAUGAGUGCAGUAGUUUGUUGUGUUCUAGCUGAAAGUACCAGACAUACAUCACGGUCACUCGAAAGAAAGGAUUCAACAAACAUCAGAGAUAAUAAACUCUAUAGCGUCACUGGAAACAACCUAGUUAAUGAGACCAUCUAUUCAAAUGUGGGCUAUAUUCCGGACAUCAUACCGGAUUUGGAUCGGCAAGUGGCGCCCAGGAAUUACAAAUACGACUACGUCCGGAGAAUUGAUUGGGACCAUUUGAUGGGUGCUGAACAGAAAAUGCAGCAAAUAACACAAAACAAGUUAUGUCCCCAAGAAACUUACGUCAAUACGUCUGAGAAAUAUGGACGUGGUGAUUCAGAGGACGAUUCAAAACAAUAUCAUAAUAUUUUUAGUGAAAACAAGUCCAUAGAAAGGACCAAAGAAGAAUAUACCGAUGUAGUUACAGAGUUAGAACACUGCAAAAUGCAUCACUCAUAUGUAGAAAUGAGUGAAGAAAAUGACAUGGGUCUUUACAAUAAAUUAAACCAUGGAACCCGGUCAGUUCGCCGUACUGAGGUGGAGGACAUCACGUACAGUCAUAUUCAGCCCGAGUCUGAGGGUGAGUAUACAAUUCUGUGUGGUGGGGAAGUCUUGGACAUAAAGAUCUACGAAAACCAACCGGAAAAGUGGAGCUCUCAACCUUAGAGUCAUACUUCUACAGCUGAGUUCUGUGUGUCGAAGAACCUUAUCACGGAUGUUAUCAAAUAACUUUAAAAUUAAAUAUUGAAUAUGUAUUACCUUUAUCUUUCAAUUUAAAAUAAACAUAAAAGCGAAGCCAUAAAACAAUAUACCACUACUUUAUGCAUACAUAUAUUUUAUAAAC